CACGUAGACCCUCCCCCUUCCCCGCAAGUAAACAGAAAACACGGAGGAAAUCGUCCAUGUCAGCCGCCAUACGAGUAUCUAGUGUGUGGGAGAAGCUGUGAGAGGCGACGGCGGCCGUUAACGCAGCGUUUCCCGUGUGUUUAACUCGAACUUGGGGGAUUUGGGGCCAGCUGACUCGCGCUGGAGCGAUGAAGGGAGAGGCGGAAGUGAAGUCACUUGACAGACCGUCCAUGUUAUUAUUGUUAUUUUGGUAGCCCUGUGAUGAGACGGGCUGGGGAGCCGUUGGUCUCCGAAACAACGACCGUUAACGCUACCGCAGGCCGCCCCGGACCGACACCACCCUCAUUACCACCACCACCGCCGCCACCUCCUCCUCACUGACCCGGAGACAGGAGCCUCGCUGACGGCUGGGGGGGGAGGGUGUAGGACCCAGCUCCAGCUCGGCUCCUACACUCCGGCCGACCAAAAAUAAAACGGCGACAAAAACAAUAACCGUCAAACGGCUCGACUGGUGUGUGUGCGGCGUGUAGCAGGGACGUGCCGCAGCAGACAUGAACGGUAUCACCAAGGGCCGGUUCGAGGUGUUCUCAAACAGCGAUGAAGCCCCCAUUAACAAGAAGCUCCCCAAAGAGCUUCUUCUUAGAAUAUUCUCCUAUCUAGAUGUGGUGACACUCUGUAGGUGUGCCCAAGUAUCCAAGGCGUGGAAUGUCCUGGCCCUAGAUGGCAGUAACUGGCAGAAGAUUGACUUGUUCAACUUCCAGACAGACAUAGAGGGGCGGGUGGUGGAGAACAUUUCAAAGCGUUGCGGAGGCUUCCUGAGGCAGCUGAGCCUCAGGGGCUGCCUGAGUGUCGGAGAUGCCUCCAUGAAGACGUUUGCUCAGAACUGCAGAAACAUUGAAGUGUUGAACCUGAACGGCUGCACCAAGAUCACAGACAGCACCUGUCUCAGCCUCAGCAAGUUCUGUUCCAAACUCAAACAGCUAGAUCUCACGUCCUGUGUGUCUAUCAGCAACCACUCCCUUAAGGCCCUCAGCGAUGGCUGCAGAAUGCUGGAGAUGUUGAAUUUGUCAUGGUGUGACCAGAUCACACGUGAUGGCAUCGAGGCUCUGGCUAGAGGCUGUAAUGGUUUACGAGCACUGUUCCUCAGAGGCUGCACACAGCUGGAAGAUGGAGCAUUGAAGCACCUUCAGAAACACUGCCCAGAACUCACCACCAUCAAUAUGCAGUCUUGCACUCAGAUAACGGAUGAAGGCUUGGUCAGUCUGUGCCGAGGAUGCCACAAGCUACAGAUCCUUUGUGUGUCUGGCUGCAGUAACAUCACUGAUGCCUCCCUCACUGCAAUGGGACUCAACUGUCCCCGACUCAAGAUCCUUGAAGCUGCACGAUGCUCGCAUGUUACUGAUGCUGGGUUCACUGUUCUGGCCAGGAAUUGUCAUGAGCUUGAAAAAAUGGACUUGGAAGAAUGUAUUUUGGUAACAGAUAACACCUUGGUUCAGCUGUCUAUCCACUGCCCUCGCCUGCAAGCACUGUCCCUGUCCCACUGCGAGCUGAUCACAGACGAUGGCAUCAGAGCUCUGAGCAGCAGCACCUGCGGCCAAGAGCGCCUCACCGUGGUGGAGCUGGACAACUGCCCCCUCAUCACUGAUGUGACCCUGGAACACCUGAAGAGCUGCCAUCGUCUGGAGCGCAUUGAGCUCUACGACUGUCAGCAAGUCACCAGGGCUGGCAUCAAACGCAUCCGGGCCCACCUUCCAGAGAUCAAGGUCCAUGCUUACUUUGCUCCAGUGACACCCCCUCCCUCUGUACAUGGAGGUGGCCAGCGUCUGUGCCGCUGCUGCAUCAUCCUCUGACAGUGGAGGGCCAGGGGGGGCCACCUCUGUCUACAGGUCCUGCUGCUCUGAUAUGGGCUGAAAUGGGAUAGGGGGGUGGGGGUGGGGGACUGAGGUAGGUGUAGGGGAGAGGAGGGGCUGGACCCACUCGCUGCUCCUGAUCACUGAUCAAUACAUAGACUGAUUACCCCUGAUCAGUUGAACCCGCCUCUCCUCUCUCCUCUUGCUCACCAAUCAGGAGUGCAGCAGCCCCGGGGUUUGGGCGUGGAGGGGUGGGUGGAAAGAACACGGAUGGAUGGACUCUCUCUUUUUCUCUCUGUAUCUCAUUCUCACUGUAAAGACAACAACAGGUUCUCUACUCCAUCCUGCUCCUCACACCCCUGACUCCCCACCUGUGGGCAUAGAGGACUGCACCUGGACAGCUGGAGAUGGGACUACAAUGCAUCAUGUUCAACCUAAAAAAAAAAAAGAAGAAGACAAUAAUGUCAUCUUGGGCGACAGUUUGCUCUCUGUGGAGUAUCAUCUCAACCAAUCACACGACACCUCUAUGUGACCAUCCUGUGAUUCAUUCUGCUUUGACCAAUAAACACGCAGCAUGGAGGGGGAGGAGAGCUGGGUCAUAGGGAAAUGCAGAUCUUCUGGCUAUAAACAGCGAAGCUUUGGUGCAGCCUGCUCAGCUCUCUAGUGUGGAAGAGUUGAGAAACAACAGGAAGGAGUACAGAAGGGGACAUGUGACAUAUUUGUGCAUCUGAGAAACUUUUGUUGAGAUUUAGAUUCUGUUUGUACAGAGAAUGUUUUGCAAUGGAAAAAAAGAGUUACACUUAACGGCAGUUCACUCAAAAUUGGGGUAGGCCAACAAGAAAAUUGUUUUAUUUUAUUUUUUUCAGUGCUUAUUGUAAUCGUCCAUGCCUGUCUAUCCAGAGAGGAAGAUAUGUUCGUCAUUCUUUUUGAAUAGUAAAAGAAGCAACUGUUGCUGUUUAACAAAAAAAGGACCUAUGAUUUAGACCCUCAAUGUCUAAAAGCGUUAUGUUGACUCUGUAUGCUGCUGGGAUGAGUGGCCUCUCCUGUGUACUACGUGGUUAUGUUGGCUCGUUGGCCCUGAUCCAAUCCUGUCAGUAGCCCUGUGCACUAGCUCCUACUUGGCCACUUAAGCAUUUGUUUACAUCCUGGAUUAGAUUAGCACCACAGAACUUGUUUACAUCAGUAGGUUUCCAGUCUCCCUACUAUUCAGAGUGAGUGUAGUAGCACUGAAAAACUGUGGUAUACCCACUGUUUUUUAACUGGACUGUGAAGUCCAUUAUUCAAAUUUAUUGCUGUGUGUAUUUGGAUAUCAAUCAGGGCUAACGGUGGUGCAACUUUGCUUCAAAAUGGAAUGGAAAUUUGCUUAAAGAUGAGAUAUUAAUUAAGAGAAUGUGAGCAAAGGCACCUCAACCUUCUGACAAUCACGUGAAUUUAUGUAUUUGAAAGUUACUUUAGUGUAUUUUUGUGUAAUUGGCAAUUUAUUGAUGUAGGAUAUAAUGAAUUAUCUGUAUUCAGUAUACUCCACCUGCGUAAUGCCCCAGGCGGCACAUGAUCGGUGACUUAGAGAUAGCAUUUGACACAGGUCUGGUGAGAUUUGCCAAUCUAAUGUAUUAAAUUGAUCAGCAACAAAUUCCCACUCACCCAAUCCUACAAAACAUAUGUGACAACAGGGAUGUGAUAUGCAGUGACUGAGAACCAACAGUUUAUUUCACUCUAUACAAAACACUCCUUCUGAUCAACAGGAUUUCAAUGUUAUCUGUCUUGCCAUGCGAGUAACACAUGUAUGGGGCAUGAAAUACCACUACUCAAAGCACUGAAAAUACAACACAAUUUUGCGCUAAAGAAGAGACUGGCAAGUGCUGCGUAGUGCCAAGUGCUCAAAGACUGGGGAGAUUGGCAGGACAAUGGCUAGGACUGACACAAGGAGAGCAGACAGAAGGAUGAAGAGAGACUCAGAUGGAUACAUAGCUGACUUGACUGGCUGUGAUACUAAUGCCCUCUCUUUGACAGCUGUUUUAACAGUUUUAUGUUUAAGAAAAUAAAGAAAUAAAGAAAUAAAUGAAAAAAUAAACAAAUGAAUAAAUAAAAGUGACUAAUAGUAAAUGUG